AUGUCCUUCCCCAGCCAACCCCACGGUGGCCCCGCCGGUGCUCCUCCGAACAUGGCCCUGAGCUUCAACGCGAUGCUGCAGCGCUCAGUCGACUCGCCCCAGCCCGAGCACGCCGCAGAAGCCCCAGGGCAACCGCCCGCCGGCCCUGGCUAUGGGGGCGUAUACAGCACCAGCGGGCCGCCGCCAGGCCCUCCUGCCCUCGGCGCAGGAAGACCAGCAGGGCCACAGGUCAUCUUGCCUGUCGAUCUGCCACCACAAGCGUUCCUCACCUCGGCGAUGCUGCUCGAUAUGGUAGACAAGAAAGUUGACGUCCUCCUGCGCGACGAGAAAGAAUACAUUGGCAUCCUGCGCUCCUACGACCAAUUCGCAAACCUCGUCCUCACAGAGUGCCACGAGCGGAUAGCCGCCCGCAACCCCUCGUUUGGCACCUCGCCCACAGAGCCCGCCUGGCUGAUACACGACGUCAGGCUGCCCGGCCUGAUGACGAUACGCGGCGAGAACGUGACCAUCUGCGCAACCGUCGACCUCGACCGCGAAGACACACCGCGGGGCGUCAAAUAUGCGCCAGCAGAAGAAGUGCGGGGCCUCGCCGCGCAGCAAAAAGCCGACAAGAAGACGACCGACACGCGGAAAGCCCGGGUGCUGAAGAGCGCGGGCAUCGAGCCUGGGUUCGGCAUGGCUGCGUAA